AUGGGUCUCCAGCGGGCUGGGAGGGCAGUAGCGGCAGCGAGCCCGGCAGUGCUCGUGUCCCAAGCCACCAAAGCCGUGAGGAUGGAGGAUGGCAGGAGAGCCCACGCUGCCAUUGUUGGCUGGGCAUGCACCACCCUGUGCUUGGUCUCCUGCGCGGCCGCCUUCUCGCACGGCGCGAGCCUUUCUGCCUGCGCCGACAUGAUGCCCAGGCACCUCAGAGUGCAGCUGCACAGCCCCAACAGCAACUACGUCACUGUCCGCACCAACAUGUCCUUCUACUUCCCAGGUGACAAGGUUCCAGUGACAGUGAGGAGCACCCGGGAUUAUAUGGGCUUUAUGCUCCAAGCUCGCAAAGUGUCCAACAACGAAAUUGCUGGCACAUUCAUCUUCAUGCCUCCUGGUUCCAAGCUGCUGACUUGUUUUGAAGAUGGGGACACUGUCACCCACUCGGACAAGUCACUGAAAAGAAACCUGUCCUUUGUAUGGAAAGCGCCAGACCAACCCAUUGGAGACAUCAAGUUUUUCAUCUCCAUAGUCCAGUCAUACUUUGUUUACUGGGCAAAGAUUGAAUCUGCCAUCGUGGCUCAGGGGGGGCAAAACAAGACGCUUGUUGGCAGCAGCAAGAAGCCCGAUGCCGCAGCCCCUGUGCCCUCGCAGGGACCAGAUGACACACACCCCACAGGAACGGCGAGCAAAGGUCCCACCUCUCCUGCAGGCUCCCCCCUGCGCACUCCAGCACCGCCUGCCAGCCCCACUGGCAUCAUGGCAACACCAGCACCAGAGCCAGGUUUUGGUGUCGGGUCAGAUGCCCAUCCCAUUGCUGAGCCAAAGCAGCCAGCACGGACUUCACGGGCUGUGUCCGGUGGGAGCAUCAGGUCCAGAGGCCGGGCACUGGAGCCAUCCUUUCCCACCCAAGAAGCAAGCACGGUGGAUGCCUUGCAAGGUUUCCUCUCCCAGAACAAUGCCUCCAGCUUCAGCACCUCCAAUGGAGCAGGAAGCAAUGCCAGCACUGCCACCCCACGCUUGUGUUUGACGUGUACAGACCACAGGCAGGCCAGUACCAAGAGAGAGGAUAUCUCGAAAGCCAUCCUGCAUGUGACAGCGUCUCCCUCUGCCCUGCACGUACACACUCACCUGGGUGACGCUGCUGCAACCACAGCCCGGUUUGGGGAUGCCAGCACUGCUGGCAAUUUGUCCUUGGCUUCAAGGCAAAUGGCAGAAAGAGAGCUGGCACCACAGCAGCCAGAGGAGACCGGCACCCGGAGUGAGGAAGAGAAGGAGGAGAAGGCAGGUGGGAAUACCCUGGCAUGGGUGACCAGACCAGCUCCCAAAUCUGCUGUUCCUGGGAAAGGGAAAGACCUUGGCAGAGGAAGCCGACUCCUUGCAGCCCAACUUGGCAUCCUGCUGGUCUGCACGGCCGCCCUGGGCCUGGCGCUGGCAGCUGCCGUGCGCUGUGUCUGUGCCCAGCACUGCCACAAGCGGACGGAGGUGUCCUUCGGCGAGCCGGACCCCGGCAUCGCCGCCAGGGAAAACGGGGAGGCGGUGCACUUCCGAAGGAUCCGGGAGAACAGCUUCGUGCUGGUGCAAGCCGAGUACAACUGGGUCAGCCCCUCGAGCAGAGGGAAGAAGACAAUCAUCUGAACAUCUGCAACGCUGAAAGCAGCGCUACAGCGGCCAGUGCGGGUGCAAAUAGCCCGGGGUGCACGGCACAGGUUAUAGGAGGU